UUUUACCGUAAUACAGUAAUAUUUGAAAACUUACUGCAGUUAAAACAUAAUGAUAAAUUUGAAUGCAUGUGUAAAGUGAAUAUAUUUCUAUAAACGUUUUGUAGCGUGAUGAGUGGUGGCUAGCUAGGCUAGUGUUAGCUGUCAUUCCGUUUCCAUGUCCCUUCCUCUGACUAUGGAAGCUAGUAGCAAGCUAUUAGCCACAGUUACGAUCCAACGCUACGUUACUUUAGUCGACGUUUACCAACAAAUAUCUAUCUGAUGGGUAGUUAUUUAGUUGUAUCUUGGCGUGUUAUUAUUUUGCCAUAAUGAGCGUUCAUACAUGUUGGCUAGACUACAGUCGCUAGAUCGUGAGUGUUUUUGUUCCCGGAUAACUGAAGAAAAUGACGCUUUUUCAUUUCGGAAAUUGUUUCGCUUUGGCGUAUUUCCCGUACUUCAUCACCUACAAAUGCAGUGGACUAUCGGAGUACAAUGCAUUUUGGAGAUGUGUACAAGCUGGGGCUACGUAUCUUUUUGUGCAGCUCUGUAAGAUGCUGUUUCUUGCCACGUUUUUCCCAACUUGGGAAGGUGGGGCUGGUGUGUAUGACUUUGUUGGGGAGUUUAUGAAGGCUACUGUGGACCUGGCGGACCUGCUGGGCCUCCAUCUGGUCAUGUCCAGGAAUGCUGGGAAGGGGGAAUACAAGAUAAUGGUGGCGGCCAUGGGCUGGGCCACGGCAGAACUGGUCAUGUCAAGGUGCAUCCCGCUGUGGGUCGGGGCGCGGGGAAUCGAGUUCGACUGGAAGUACAUUCAGAUGAGCUUCGACUCCAACAUCAGUCUGCUCCUGGUUCAAGCGAUGGUCCUGUCCCGCCUGGACUACUGCAACUCGCUGCUGGCUGGUCUGCCAGCAUCCGCCAUCAGACCCCUGCAACUCAUCCAGAAUGCUGCAGCGCGUCUGGUCUACAACCUCCCCAGACAUUCCCAUGUCACCCCCCUGCUCACUGACCUCCACUGGCUGCCUGUUAUGGCUCGCAUCAAAUUUAAGACUUUGGUGCUUGCAUACCAGGCAGCUAAGGGGUCAGCACCAGGAUACAUCCAGAGGAUCAUCAGACCAUACACACCAGCCAGACCUCUCCGUUCUGCCACCUCUGGACGCUUGGCACCUCCCCCUCUUCGGGUCUGUACUUCCCGCUCGUGUCUGCUGUCUGUCCUGGCCCCUCGCUGGUGGAAUGACCUCCCCGUGGCGGUCACAACAGCAGAGAAUCUGACUACCUUCAAACGCAGACUAAAGACUCAUCUCUUCAGGCUGCACCUCUCCCCACCCCUCCCUGGCCUAUAGUUUAGCUCACUGUACCUAGUUAGGCUAAUGCGAUCACUUUAGUUUUUAUUUGGCAGGAUUGUUUUUGUCUAAUUCUGAUUAGGCAAAUGUGAUUUCAGUGCUAGGCAGGACUUGGCAGGAAUGUUUGUUUGUUUGUUUGCUGACCAGGUUACCCUACAGGGGUGGAGUCCUGAUCUAUGUGGUCACUUCUGGCACUACGAUCUUCACUCUAGUGUGUUUCUUUUGCACCUCUGCACCUUGAACUAAUGCACUUGUUGUACGUCGCUCUGGAUAAGAGCGUCUGAUAAAUGCCUGUAAUGUAAUGUAAUGAUAAGGGCGUGCUGUGGGAGUGAGGGAAUGCAGGAAAGGUGACGGGACUGGCGAUGACUGCAUUGGCGCCUGAAGGUUGCGU